AUGUCGGCCUUCCGCAUCUGGCAGAACUACAGCGAUGUUUGCCAGACCAUUAGACAUCUCACGAAAACGUGGCACACUAUCUCACAGGCACACUCUAUCAGUGUGCCUACACCACAUCAGCUGCUGUUAGCUGGAACCAGCCACCAGGAUUGGACCAAACCCAACAUCAUUACCAGAUCUCCUACCACUGUCCAGGGACAGAACCACACAUCACUACCACGUCUUCACACGUCAUCACACGUCAUCACUCUCUCUGACCUGGAACCUGCUACUCAGUACUCUGUCACUGUUUGCACUGUGCUGGAAAAUGGAAAGCAAAGUCAACUGGUGUCCACAACCUUCACCACAAAACAUGUUCAGUGGUGGAAGAGACCCUACAGAGUUGCUGCAGUGUUUGUUCUACUGGCUGUCAUCAUUGGCCUGUGGGAUUCCUAUGCAACUUCAGAGCGAGACCAGCUACAGAAUAGUCUAACUACCAGGACCACAGAGAGAGACCAGCUACAGACCAGUUACAACACCCCGACUAAAGAGAGAGACCAGCUACAGAUCAGUUACAACACCCUGACUAAAGAGAGAGACCAGCUACAGAAUCGUCUAAAUACCAGGACCACAGAAAGAGACCAGCUACAGACCAGUUACAACACCCUGACUAAAGAGAGAGACCAGCUACAGACCAGUUACAACACCCUGACUAUAGAGAGAGACCAGCUACAGAGUAGUCUAAAUACCAGAACCACUGAAAUAGACAAGUUGAAGAAGAGUCUGAACACUACAACUAUGGAGCGUGACCAGCUACAGAAGGAGAUAGAAAGACUGAACUGGGAGAACAAAGGGUCCUGUCCUGAAGGAUGGAGAAGGUUUGGCUGCAGCUGUUACUACCUCUCUACUGAGAGGAAAUCCUGGGAGGAGAGUAGACAGGACUGUCUGGAGAGAGGAGCAGAUCUGGUGAUCAUUAACAGUGAAGAGGAACAGACAUUCAUCAAUGGGUUUAAAUCAGUCAGUUAUGUCUGGAUUGGUCUGACUGACUCUGUUACUGAGGGGACCUGGAAAUGGGUGGACGGCACCCCACUGACCACCCCAAGGUAUUGGUGGAGUGGAGAGCCUGGUGGUGGUACGUACCAGAACUGUGGGGAAAUCUAUUACAUAUCGUCAGGCCAAGGAGUAUGGAGGGAUUUGGGAUGUUCGUUUUCACAAGAAUGGAUCUGUGAGAAAUAGGCUUCUCAUAGGUACUUUUAAUGAACUCUCUACUGUAUGUUAAUGAUGCUCUGUAGACUGGUGUGAUUUGAUAGAAUGGUACUCUGAACUUCAGGUAGGAGAGAAACAAAUGUUCACAUUCAGACAGACACACACACACAAGAAGACACUGAUCUGAACCUGAGUCUCCCACAGGAGAAACCAACUUCUUCAUUAGAUAAGGAGGUAAUCCUCUUGGGCCGAGAGCUGACACUGAUUUUUGAAGUCGCAGGUUGGGCUGCCGCAUCACGUGACCAGGAGCAACAUGACUGACUACUGUCUGCUGCACAAGCUGACACACAAUCAUGUAUUCAUACUGUAUGUCAAAAAGUGUGAAUAAAUAGGGGCAUAACAUCUGUAAUCUAGAAGGACAAGACAUCUCCCUGCCUCUUUAGGACAGUGAAUUUUACAGUGUACAUUUUAAAGGUCUACUCCUAAACUUGAAGAAAGAAAAACUGGUGUCAAUAAGACAUUGUGCCUUUUAAGACAGAGUGAAUGUUACUAUUUACAUUUGAACUCAUAUCUUGUUCACUUCCUGUUUGUGGUGACAACACCAGAAUGAAGGGUUGGAUCAUAACCAUCAGUUAUCAAAACAGUGUCUAAGGUUUUGCAACAAACAGGUCACGACCCCUGGUGACCUUUAAUACAGGUAGUGAUUAGAUUCAACUGUUUUGAAAAGCAGAUAUUAUUUAGCAAGUGAAUGUAGUUGUUUAAUGGUUGUAUUAUAUUUCAGAGGGAGAGACAGAAUCCCAAAUGAUACCCUAUCCCCUUUGUAUUGCAUUCCUUUUGGUGAGUAGUGCACUAUAAAGGGAAUGGGGUGUCAUUUGGGAUUCUCUCACAGCCAGAGAGUUAGGCCGAAUACAGGGAGAGACAGUUUACGCACGACUCACCAUGGCCCAAUGGAGGCCCGUUGAGGCUCUUCAGUUGGCCAUCCCAAGAUCUCAACAAAAUCACAACAAGGAAAACAAAAAGACUAUCCAAACCAACCUGGUUGGGAGUCUACUUUCAUAUAGCUUCUCUGAUCAGUAAUUACCUGUCAAUCAUCCAUGCCUGAGAGCAACAGGGUUGGGAGGCUACUUUCAUAUAGCUUCUCUGAUCAGUAAUUACCUGUCAAUCAUCCAUGCCUGAGAGCAACAGGGUUGGGAGGCUACUUUCAUAUAGCUUCUCUGAUCAGUAAUUACCUGUCAAUCAUCCAUGCCUGAGAGCAACAGGGUUGGGAUCAAUUCCAUUUAAAAAAGGAAACGCCACAUGUACGUUUAAACAUUUCUUAGAAAAGAUUACAAUGCAUAGUCUUGGAGGUUGGCAGUGAGCUACCCUGAAGGAGCAGAUCCUGAGUGAAGUGUCACAUUCAGUUAAUAAUAUAGAACUGUUCUGUAGAAUAGACCACAUGUAAGUACAGUGUGAAUCCAAUUGGCACAAUAUCUGCUGAUGCGAUCAAAUGAUGUCACCACACUCAGGUUUCUUUCAUGAACUGGCUUCGCUUCAUAUCCAUUCAGUCAAUUCAAGAAAUAAACAGAAAUUCCUAUUUAACAUUGUUUCUCAUAGACAACUCCAACUUCCAAUUUCAACAUUCUCAUUACAUAGACAAGCUUUGAGGAAAAUGUAUUUCAGUUUAUUCACUGUAUUGAAAUGGAAUUGACCCUAAACCUGGUGCGAAAUCACUUUCUUAAAGGUCCAGUCCAACAAGAACUUGGCCCUGGCUGCUGCUGCCCCCUAGUGGUAGGAUGUGAGACGUGGAAAUAGACUUGAUUUGUCCCAAUCUCUCUUCCCACGACAAGUUUAAAAGCAUUGGAUUGGUUUAGGCAUAGGCCAUGGAACAAGUUUCCAUACCUGGCAUUUUCUUUCCAAUUUGACAUUUUAUUUCACCUUUAUUUAACCAGGUAGGCCAGUUGAGAACAAGUUCAAAUUUACAACUGCGACCUGGCCAAGAUAAAGCAAAGCAGUGCGACACAAACAACAACACAGAGUUACACAUGGAGUAAAACAAACAUACAGUCAAUAACACAAUAGAAAAGUCUAUAUGCAGUGUGCGCAAAUUAGGUUUCCAAGAAGGGAAGUGAACACGUGCACACUACAGGAGAAGGGAGAUAUUGGCCCGCAACUUGUCGCAUAAUCCACAUAUCUACCUCCAUUCCUAACAUUAUUACACUGCGUCUCAUACUAAAUGUUGAUUUUUUAUGACAAUUACAAAAUGCAGAAAAAUGGUUUGAAAGCAUUUCUGUUGUGAAAUGUUAACUAAAAAAGUAGACUCAGCAAUAUGACGUAGAUGCAGAAAGUAAACCGCAUAGUGGGUCAAUUUCAACAACAACUAAGAGCGUUCUUCUCUGCUGUUUUGGUGCCCUGGAUACCACACUUUAAACAGCGUGAUGCGAACCUGUGCACAUGCGCAGAUACUGUGUGUGACUGCGAAGUGUUGCAUCUCGUUAAUCUCAAUAUCUCCGGUGCGGCCCGUGGCAUCGUCAUUUCACGGAGUCUACCUGGAUGUGUUAUAUUUUCCUUGCGCCAAAAUGACAGGUAUAUUUAUCAAUGGCUUGAGCAGGGAGGUCUAGAUUGGACUUCAGCCAUACAGAGGGAGUUUGGGAGUGGGUUGAUGGCACCAGUGGUGUAAAAAGUACCCAAUUAUCAUACUUGAGUAAAAGUAAAGAUACCUUAAUAGAAAAUGACUCAAAUAAAAGUACUCCAGUAAAAUACUACUUGAAUAAAAGUCAAAAAGUAUUUGGUUUUGAAUAUAAUUAAGUAUCAAAAGUAAAUGUAUAAAUAGUGGGUUGAUGGGACACCUCAUCUUAUGGAGUUGUGUUGGAUAUACAUUUCAAGUUUUAAGCAGUUUGUUUUUAUUUGUAAUUAAACUGGCAUAUCAGAAAUGUAUGUAAUGUAGUGCACUAAAUAUAUAAUAGAAGUUAGCAGGUGUUAUAUUAGUGGUGAAGAAUACAUGUACACCAUUGUGUAAUGUAUUGUAGUGAAUGUGGGGACUAGUCCCUCAUCCAGCAACUGUCAACCCAACACCUUAGUCGUUACACCAAGAGAUAUGAAACCAUUGAAGAGGUUGCUAGGUGUUGGGUUAAGGUCACUAUAGUAUAAACUCAGUAUAGACCAGGUUAUGAGGUUGCUAGGUGUUGGGUUAAGGUCACUACAGUAUAAACU